GGGAGCGGCUACGUGGAUCAUGGAGCUGACAUAUUUGAUGAUGAAGAGGAGGAAGAAGAUGUGGGUGACAGAAAGAGCAAAAAGAAGAAGAAAGAUAAGAAAGAAGGGUCUCAGAAGAAAGGUCUAGACAACUACUUUGCUCCGGCAAUGAUUCGAGGAAAAGUGAAGGAUGAUGCUGAAGUAAAACUAGACGACGAUGAGGAUUUGAAGGAUAUUCUAGCAGGACUCAACGAUGAAGCGCUUGACAUGGAUGUUAUGGCGGAACCUGAGUUAGCUCCAUGUAGUAGCUCUGCGCGAAAUCCAUUCAAGCGAGAAGGUGAGUACUUUCUUCAAAUAAUUGUGCAACUCAGAGAAUACGACAAUGACGAUUUUGGAGCGCCAGAUGUGGAUGAUUAUCAUGAACCACCUCCUUCUCUCGCAUCAUGCACUCCUGCUCUCAAAAAGAAUGCGAAGGAAACGAUAGGAAAUGCAGAGAGUGAAGAAAGGGAACUGAAAACAGAGAUGGAAGAGAUGGAAGUCGAGGCAGUUCAUAAAAAAGUAGAUGAAAAACAACCUGUGCAAACAAUGCUGUUAGCAGCUGAGUGGGAUGAUAACAAAGAAACGUGCAGCGAACCGGCUGUAGAAGUGACUGCUGGAUCAGAGGCAUUUUAUGUGAAGGAAGAUGGCCAACAAAUGAUUCGAAUGUAUUGGCUGGAUGCUUUUGAGGAUCCAGUAAAGCAUUCUGGUACCGUAUACUUAUUUGGCCGCGUAAAUGUUAGUGGAAGCAAGUGGGCCAGUUGUUGUGUAACGAUCAAGAACAUCUUUCGCCAAGUUUUCUUCUUGCCAAGAGAGACAGUAAGUCAAGCGACGAAGUUUUAAAU